GUGAACAGGAAUGAAGAGAGAAGGACAGUGAAAGCAGCUAAAGAUAGGUGAGAAGACGGACUGAGCUGCUUUAAACCCAUUUUACACGCGAGAUCAGUUUUACCGUCUGUACGCUGUUCAUCUAACGUAGUACUGCAGCAGAGCUAGCUGUUGCUGCUUCUCUGCUAGCAUAUCCGCUAAAGCAGCACCGCAAAUGAAGAGAUCAAACACAUAUAAAGACCAUACAACAUAAACACUGAGGAGAAACACGAGCAGUGUCUAUAAAGCAUCUGUUGGCAGCAGCUGAAGAGUCGAUGCUAAUGCACUUUAUCAGGACGGAGAGUUCAGUGUUCACAAUGCUACUGUGAUUCGCAAAUGUCCACAUCUAAUCUUCUGCAAUGCUGGACAUGCUGAAGACCCCCGGUGGUGUUUCCUUUGUAUAUAUGAGACGGAUGAUAAACACAAUGCAUGCGUGUUUAAGUCUGCUGCCGCCUUGAAGCUCAUGAUGGGUCUCUUAAGCGUGAGGUAGUGAAUGUUCAGGUAUUUGAGCAAGAUGGAAGAGGACAUGGCUGUACACUGGGAGACAGUAGAGGAAAACACUGACCGUGAGACUCCCAGUGUGUCUAUGGCCAGUUCGUAUUUUGAAAAUGACACUCAUCACGGACCUUUCAUGUGUGAACAUGAAGCGCUGGAUGAUUUUGAUUGUGAAUUCCCUGAUGAAGACUUUGAUUUAGAUGAGAAUGAAGAACAAAACGCCAAAACCGAAGAUCUGAUUGACAAUCAAGCGGAGGAUGAGGAGAAAUCGGAUCUAGGAGAGAAGAAUGAGUUACGAGACGAUGGAGAAUCCAGAUCCCGGAAUGCUGGAUCCGGGAGGAAGGGAAAGUCCAAGAAGAGCGGAUUGGGGAUGGGACUUUAUGAACAAACCCAAUCAUGGACAUCAUCAUCAUCCUCCAUGCCUCAUAAAUCCUUCCUUGCAUCUAGCAGACAUAAGCAGGUGAGACGACGCAACCACCACCUGCACAAUAACAGCCGCGUGCGCAGGAAAAACGGGAUCCCCCUGGUCAUGGUGUGUCGGGAUUUCCUGUCUGAUUUCAUCAGUCCUUGGUGCAUCUCCUGCAUUCAUAUGUUCGUGGAGCUCAUUAUUUCUCUGACGCACCGCUGUGGCCUCCUGGUGGAGUCGUCUGGAAUUGCACUGUAUGAUUUUGGCACUCAAAUGCUUUGUAAGGUCACCGAUAUUCCAGGUUUGACGCAAGACAUGAGGCGGAUCGUGGACUGGAGCCGGUGUUCGACUGUAGCUUUAAUUGACGGGAUCAUCCGGUCUACUUGUAAAGCUCGAAACUCGCUUUUUUCCACUUUAAGAGUUGUCCGAGUAGCUCUAAGCGCCGGAUCUCAGAUGAUGAAGUGUGUUGUUGGAAGGCUGGCGGGAGAGAGGGGAAGGAAAUGGUGGCUUGCGUUUCAGAGCAGCAGGAUUUGGAGGAAAGUCUCGGAUCUGAGUGUGAGGAUUCAUGGCUGGAGCUUUAAACGAGGCGCUGGAAGCGAAAACUCAAAUCCAGAGUCUCCGAACAGGGGAGCGGAGAAGUGGCAACCUGGAGAAGAGCUGCAGAGGCUGCUGGCCCUGGCCAAGAUCCCUGAAGAAGAGUUGGACCCGUUUAAUGUUCUGGGAGUGGAUGUUCAUGCCACUGAGUCUGAGCUGAAGAGAGCGUACAGACAGCUGGCGGUGCAGGUUCAUCCUGACAAAAACAAGCACCCGGGGGCUGGAGAGGCGUUCAAGGUGUUGAGAGCCGCGUGGGACAUCGUCAGCAAUCCAGAGACGCGGAGAGAGUAUGAACUGAAGCGAAUGGCAGCGACCGAGCUUUCCAAAUCCAUGAACGAGUUCCUGACCAAGCUACAGGACGACCUGAAGGAAGCCAUGAACACCAUGAUGUGCACUAAAUGUGAAGGCAAGCACAAGCGCUUUGAGAUGGACCGGGAGCCCGGCGAGGCCCGAUUCUGUGCUGAAUGUAAUAAGUGGCACGGUGCUGAGGAGGGAGACCUGUGGGCCGAAUCCAGCAUGCUGGGACUGCGGAUUACAUACUUCGCAUUCAUGGACGGAAAAGUCUUUGACAUCACUGAGUGGGCAGGCUGUCAGCGGAUCAGCAUCUCUCCAGACACACACCGAGUGCCGUAUCACAUCUCCUUCGGCUCUAAAGGUAGCAGUGGGCCCAGCCGCCACAGAUCAUCCUCAGAUCAUGCAGCAGGCCCAGGCGGUGGGUCACCAGCAGACCUGCAGGAUUUCUUCAGCCGCUUCUUCCAAACUGGCUCCCCCAGUGACGCGUCUGCAAACGGAGGAUUCUUCCCAACAGGAAACCCCCCUCAUCACGGCCCGGGAGCCUCCGCUGGAGCUCCUCCUAUGUUUUCAGGAUCUCCUCCUCAAACUGGCUUUUUUAGCACCGGGGCCCAGCGUAGCGAUGCUAGCGAACACUGGACUGAAGGAGCAAAACCACCACGCCGCCGCAAGAAAGUGCGCAAACCGUUCCAGCGCUGAAAUGCGGAGAAAAACACACGGAUGCAGCGGCGUGUGUGUUCUCGCACAUGAGCGAACCACACCAGGAUACAGUUUCCUGAUUCAGUGUUGGUGCUUUUCAAGCUUCCUGAUGAUAAAACCACAUGGAGAUUCGCAGAGAAACGCUGGUUAACGAUGGAUGUUUCUUGUUUUUUUUGGUUAACUCUCGUCACAGAUUACUCUGCAUUUGGAAUCGCACUCGCAGAAGGACUCCUGAAUGAUUUCCUGUGGUCGCUCUGAAGAACAUGUUGAAAAAUGACAUUUUUUAAAGGGAUAGUUCACCAAAAACAUGUCAACUCUGUCAUCGUUUGUUCACGCUGUCCUUGUUUCAAACCUUCGUUCUGUUAAACACAAAAGAAGAUGUUUUGAAGAAUGUUGGAAACCGGUAACCAUUGACUUCCAUGGUAUUUGUUUUUCCUAUUACAGUCAAUGGUUACAGGUUUGCAACAUUCUUCAAAACAUCUUCUUUUGAGUUUAACAGAAGAAAGAAUCUCAUAAGGGUUUGAAACCACACAGGGGUGAAUAAAUAGUGAGUAUAACUAUAAAAGUGAAAAUUUCCUCAUGUAUUCAUCCUCAAGUGAGUUUCUUUUUUCUGCUGAACACUAAAUGAGAUAUUUUGAAGAAAGCUGGAAACCGGUAACCAUUGGCUUCCUUAGUUGGAAAAAAAUACUGCAGAAGUCAAUGGUUACUGGUUUUAGCUUUCUUUAAAAUAUCUUAUUUAGUGUUCAACUGAAGAAAAAACACUUUGCAACCACUAGAGGGAGAGCGUGUAGUGAGUAAAUGAAACGUUUUGGGCGAAAUAUCCCUUUAAAGGGACAGCUCACCUAAAAGAGAAAAGUUCCAUAUUUAUUCACACCAAGUGAGUUUCUUUCUUCUGUUAAACACAAAAGAAUAUGUUUUGAAGAAUGUUGGAAACCGGUAACCAUUGACUUCCAUAGUGUUUGUUUUUGCUGUUAUGGAAAUUGAUGUUUACAGGUUUUCAUCUUCCUUCGAAAUAUCUUAAUUAAUGUUCAACAAAAGAAAGAACUAGGUUUGCAACCACUAGAGGGAGAGUAAAUUUAACUUAGCAUUUUAAAUCCCCUUAAAGGGAAAGUUUGCUUAAAAGUGGAAAAAAAAUGUAUUUAUUUAUACUCAAGUGAGUUUCUUUCUUCUGUUGAACACAAUAGAAGAUGUUUUGAAGAAUGUUUGAAACUGGUAACCAUUGACUUCUAUGGUGUUUGCUUUUGCUGCUAUGGAAGUUGAUAGUUACCGGUUUUCAUCUUUCUUCUAUCUUAUUUAGUGUUAAACAGAAAAAAGAAAACUUCGUUUGGAACCACAAGAGGGAGAACGUUUAGUGAGUAAACUACAUUUUUUUGUGUGAACUAUCCUUUUAAAGAGACCGUUCGUCUAAAAGUGAAAAUUUCCUCAUGUAUUCACCCUCAACUGAGUUUCUUCUGCUGAACACUAAAUGAGAUAUUUUGAAGAAAGAUGGAAACCGGUAACUAUUGACUUCCUUAGUUGGAUAAACAACUACUAUGGAAGUCAAUGGUUACCGGUUGUUAGCUUUCUUUAAAAUAUCUUAUUUAGUGUUCAGCAGAGGAAAAGAAACUUUGCAAACACUAGAGGGAGAGCGUGUAGUGAGUAAAUGAAAAUUUAAAGGGACAGUGCACCUAAAAGUGAAGAUUUCUUUGUUGUUUCACUCAAGUGAGAUUCUUUCUUCUGUUAUACACAAAAGAAGAAGUUUUGAAAAAUGUUGAUUGCAAUCUAGUGGUUGCAAACCCUUAUGAAUUUUCUUUCUUCUGUUGAACUUUAAAUAGCCAUUGAUUUCCAUAGUAUUUGUUUUUCCUAAUAUGGAAGUCAAUGGUUACCGGUUUUUAGCUUUCUUCAAAAUAUCUUAUUUAGCAUUCAGCAGAGGAAAGAAAAUUUAUAAAUGUUUGCAACCUCUUGAGGGAGAGUAUAGAGUGAGUGGAUUUUUUAUUUGGAGAACUAUCUCUUUAAAGGGACAGUUCAUUUAAAAGUGAAAAACUCCUUAUUUAUUCACUUUCAAGUGAGUUUCUUUUUAUGUUAAACACAAAAGAUGUUUUGAAGAAUGUUGGAAAUCAAUUGAAAAUCUAGUGGUUGCAAACCUUUGAGUUUUCUUUCUUCUGUUGAACACUAAAUAAGUUAUUUUGAAGAAAGGUGAAAACAGGUAACCAUUGACUUCCAUAGUAUGAAAAACAAAUACUAUAGAAGUCAAUGGUUACCGGUUUUCAACCCCCAUUUUUUUUUUUUUUUUUUGCUUCUGUUGAACACAAUCGAAUAUAUUUUGAAGAAUGUUACAAGCACAUAACCCUUGACUUUCAUAGUAUCCAAAACAAAUACUAUGGAAGUCAAUGUUUACCGCUUUCCAACAUUCUUCAAAACAUCUUUUGUGUUCAACAGGGGAAAUGUUCAAGCAAGAAAAGAGAACAAAUAAUGACAUUUCCUUUUAGAAACCUCUAGAUUAGAAAAAGGCAUCAGCAGUAAUGAUCCUGUGUUUAAUAUCCCGUGUGUUUCAGUUCAUCCUCAGAUCUGCAAAAACCGGUAACCAUUGACUUCCAUAGUAGGAAAAACAAAUACUAUGGAAGUCAAUGUUUACCUGUUUUCAGCUUUCUUCAAACUAUCUUAUUUAGUGUUCAGCAGAGGAAAGAGAACUCAUAAAGGUUUGCAACCACUAGAGAGAGACUAUAUACUGAGUAAAUGAAAAAUUUUGGGUGAACUAUCCCUUUAAAGGGACAGCUGACCUAAAAGUGGAAAACGUUCUUAUUUACUCACACUCCAGUGAGUUUCUUCUUCUGUUAAACACAAAAAGAUGAUGUUUUGAAGAAUGUUGGAACUAUUAACUUCCAAAGUAUUAGUUUGUCCUACUAUAGACGUCAAUGGUUACAGGUUUCCAGCAUUCUUCAAAAUAUCUUCUUUUGUGUACAACAGAAGAAACCGGUUUCAAAUAAGUGACAGGUGAGUAGAUUUAGUUUUGGGGUGUGAACUGUCCCUUUAAUCACCCUCAUGUUGAUUUAAACCUUAAUCUAAUUCUUUCCCAGGUGAUUUGCUUUCAGUGUAAUGUCAAGCUCCACGAAGAACAGAAAAACAACCAAGAGCCGAAGUUUAAGCUUAAGUUAAGCUUUGCUCCUCAGAUCUGGUCCAGGUUGAUGCAUGAAAUUCAGUGUUUAUGGUUUAUGCAGGAAGUGAUGUCACGAUCUGCUGGUUUAAUCAAGAAUUUCCUAUGGGUUUUAUUUAUUAUUUAAAUUUAUUGAUAAAGUAAGGUUUGUGAUGGACAGUAUUUGGACUCUUUCCACUCCAAUGUGAAUUACACUGCAGAGUUUGAUGUAGUGAUGUUAUCUAAAAGAAGUCUGGGUGUUUUCUACAACAAAACGUCCGAGUUGUUUACCACAGACCUUAUUUUACUCAUGAAUAAAAAAAACCCAAAGGAAAAUCUGAAGGAAUAGUUCACCAAAAAAUGAAAAUCCUGCUAUAAUUUACAAAUUUUUUGUUGAAUAAAAGAUAUUUUGAAGAAUGUUGUAAACCUGUAACCAUUGACUUCUAUACAAUUUUUCUUCCUACUAUGGGAGUCGAUAGUUACAGGUUGCCAACAUUCUUCAAAAUAUCUUCUUUAGUGUUCAACAAAAGAAAGUACUAGUGGUUUGUAAUCACUUGAGGUACAUAUUUGGGUGAACUAACCCUUUAGGAUGAUUGAUGUUGAAACAUUUGUAGACCUUUUUUGAAAUGAAGCGAAGAUUUUUUUUAAAUUUGUCUUACAUGACAAAUAAAUCACAAACAGUUUAAAAUGACAUGAAGGUAAUAAUGACAUUUAUAUAUAUUUUAUUUUCAUUAUUUUAAAGGUGAAGUUUUACCGUGUUUCUGGUUUCGCCAGGCUUGAAUCUGCUGGAAAGUGUUGGGGAAGAUGCUGAAUGUUUAGUGAUACGAUCACAUUAGGACUAAUGUAAAAAUCACACACAGACCUCAGGGAUGACUUUCUCUUCAUCUGCUACUAGAAAGAGAACAGGAAAAAGACGUGGGUGAGAUUUCCCAGAGUUCCUGGGCCUAUUGAACAGAGCUCAUCAUCAUUUCACCAGUUAUUCAAGCCUCAGAAUUCAGCAGUUCAAUAUUAAAAAUCGUUUUAAGUGAAUCAUUUAAGUGAAUUGAAUCUUUUCUUCGUUUCAAAUCAUUUGUUUAGCAGAGAAUUGUUCUGAUAUCUUGGAUUAAUGUUUAUGAGAGUUACUUGCUCAUACCUUGAAUUUGAAGAAUUGAAUCGUUUGUUUUUUUUGUCAUAUCAAACCCUAUGCCUGGGCAAUGAAUCACUUGAAUGAUUCAGUUCACAUUAUUUGUUCGUUCAUGUAUUUGGUCUCUAGUGUUUAAGAGACUUCACUGUUCAUUUAUAUUUACAGUGAGCAAAAUAAACCGUGAGUUAAAUCACAGAAGUCAAAUACCUGAAUCUGUUUUACUAAUAUAGGUAUAAGAGAACGAACAUUUUCCCGAGCGACACUUUCUCUCCGGAUCUACUUGACGUAACUCAUGUGACUUCAUUCAUUAUUUAAUUUACAACCCACCCCAUAUGCUUAGGAUUAAUUGCUCAUACCAUGAGGUAUUUAAUCGUUUGAUUGUUUUUUAAAUCAAACGCCAUGCCUGUGCGAUCAGUUGACUGAUUCAGUUUAUGUUAUUUGUUCGUUUGUCAUGUUUUUGGUCUCUUAGUGUUGAAAUAGAGACUCCAUUGUCCCUUAUAUUUACAGUGAGCAAAAUAAACCAUCAGUUAAAUCACAGAAAUCAAAUUUCUGAAUCGGUUUUGUGGUCUAAAAUGGGUUUAAGAGGACAAACACUUUUCCCGCUCAGUAAUCAUGUUGAAAGAUUCAUUUACGCGAGCGACUUUCUCUUCAGGUGGAUUUUUGACGUCUAUCUUUAACUCACGAUUUCAUUCAUUAUUUAAUUUACAAUCCUCUCCAUAAACUUAGAAUUAUUUGCUCUUACCUUGAAGCUGAAGAUUUGAAUCGUUUGGAUUUUCAACGCUUUGCCAGUGCAAUGAAUCAAUUGACUGAUUCUGUUCACGUUAUUUGUUCGUUCGUGUAUUUGGUCUUUACUGUUGAACUAGACACUCCAUUGUCCAUUAUAUUUACAGUGAGAAAUAUAAACCAUGAGUUAAAUGACAUAAAUCAAAUAUCUGAAUCUGUUUUAACGUCUAAAGUGGGUUUAAGAGGACGAUCGCUUUUCCCGCUCAGGAAUCAUGUUGAAAGAUUCAUUUGCCCGAGCGACUCUUUCUCUUCAGGUGGAUUUUUGACGUCUAUCUUUAACUCACGAUUUCAUUCAUUAUUUAAUUUACAAUCCUCUCCAUAAACUUAGAAUUAUUUGCUCUUACCUUGAAGCUGAAGAUUUGAAUCGUUUGGAUUUUCAACGCUUUGCCAGUGCAAUGAAUCAAUUGACUGAUUCUGUUCACGUUAUUUGUUCGUUCGUGUAUUUGGUCUUUACUGUUGAACUAGACACUCCCUUGUCCAUUAUAUUUACAGUGAGAAAUAUAAACCAUGAGUUAAAUGACAGAAAUCAAAUAUCUGAAUCUGUUUUAACGUCUAAAGUGGGUUUAAGAGGACGAUCGCUUUUCCCGCUCAGGAAUCAUGUUGAAAGAUUCAUUUGCCGGAGUGACUCUUUCUCUUCAGAUCAUAUUCUUGACGUGUUUUUAACUCAUGUCUUCAUUCAUAAUUUAAUUAACAAUCCACCACAUAUGCUUUGAAAUAAUUUAGCAUAGCCUACAUUGCAGCUGAAGAUUUAAAUCUUUACAGUUUUCAUACCAAACGCCAUGUCUGCGCAACGAAUCACUUGACUGAUUCGAUUCACAUUAUUUGUUCGUUCAUUUAUUUGGUCUCUAGUGUUUAAAUAGAGACUCGAUUGUAUAUUAUAUUCACAGUGAGAAACAUAAACCUUGAGUCAAAUCACUGAAAUCAAAUAUCUGAAGUGAUUUAAAAGUCUCAAAUGGGUUUAAGUGGACGAACAAUUUUCUCGCUCAGGAAUCAUCUUAAAAAGAUUCGUUUGCCAGAGCGACUCUUUCUCUCCUGAUCUACAGAUUCUUGACGUCUGUCUUUAACUCAUGUCUUCACUCGGUUUUUAAUUUACAAUCCACCCCAUUUGCUUUAAAACACAGACUGCUUUCCCUCUGUACAGCUGAACAUAAAACGUGUGUUCACAAAAACCUGUUGACUUUUAGGUCAAGCGCUUGUUUAACGCAGGACCUUCAAGCAAAUGAUCAAUUUCAUGAAUAAAAGGAUUUUAAAGGAUCGCCAUAA